AGCCAGCUUACUCCGUCAAGCCGAGAGCAGAGCGGCGUCGCCCACUCUUCUUUCUCACCUCGCAGUCGCACGGAGUACUCCCUCCAAUCUCCAUCUCCCGCCGGCCUCUCUCGCUUCCUCCUCCGGAACUCGAAAACCCUCGCCUCGUGCAGGACUCCGCUGACGCUUCCUCCGCGCCGCUGGGAUGGCCGAGAAGCGAGUUACGGGCGGCGAUAGGCGGGAGGAGGACCGCGCCAAGGUCGGGCUCCCGGCGUUGGACCUCUCACUCGCGUUCCCGCAGGCCACGCCGGCCUCCAUUUUCCCGCCGUCCGCUUCGGAUUACUAUCAGUUUGAUGAUUUGCUGACCAGUGAAGAGCGCUCCAUCAGGAAGAAGGUCAGGGGUAUUGUGGAGAAAGAAAUUGCGCCCAUUAUGGCAGCGUACUGGGAAAAGGCAGAGUUUCCAUUUGAUGCCAUUCCUAAACUUGCAAGCCUUGGUGUUGCUGGUGGUACAAUAAAGGGUUAUGGGUGCCCAGGACUUUCAAUUACAGCCAGUGCUGUUACUAUGGCAGAAAUGGCACGGGUAGAUGCAAGCUGUUCCACAUUUAUACUGGUGCACUCCUCUCUUGCGAUGGUGACAAUAGCCCUUUGUGGAUCUGAGGCACAGAAGCAGAAGUACUUGCCAUCCCUUGCUCAACUUACUACCGUUGGCUGUUGGGCAUUGACAGAGCCAAAUUAUGGAAGUGAUGCAAGCUCUUUGAGAACUACAGCGAGCAAGGCACCUGGUGGGUGGCACAUAGAUGGUCAAAAACGCUGGAUCGGUAACAGUACGUUCGCCGAUGUGCUCGUGGUAUUAGCUAGGAAUGCAGAUACACAACAACUAAAUGGGUUCAUUGUGAGGAAAGGAGCUCCUGGUCUGAAAGCUACAAAGAUUGAGAACAAAAUCGGUCUCAGGAUGGUUCAAAACGGUGAUAUAGUAUUUAAUAAGGUGUUUGUCCCUGAGGAAGACCGAUUGCCAGGCAUCACCUCAUUUAAGGAUAUCAGCAAGGUGCUUGCUAUUUCGCGCAUUAUGGUGGCAUGGCAACCAAUCGGCAUAUCGAUGGGGGUCUUCGAUAUGUGCCACCGGUAUCUGAAAGAGAGGAAACAGUUUGGCGUCCCUCUAGCAUCCUUCCAGCUGAACCAAGAGAAGCUUGUCCGGAUGCUCGGUAACAUCCAAUCGAUGCUCCUUGUUGGCUGGCGCCUCUGCAAGCUUUACGAGUCGGGGAAAAUGACGCCAGGCCACGCUAGCCUAGGGAAGGCUUGGAACUCCAGGAUGGCCCGCGAGGUGGUUUCCCUUGGCCGAGAGCUGCUGGGUGGGAACGGAAUUUUGGCUGAUUUCCUUGUGGCAAAGGCAUUCUGUGACCUGGAGCCAAUUUACUCGUACGAAGGCACAUACGACAUCAACAGCCUGGUGACCGGCAGAGAGAUCACCGGGAUCGCGAGCUUCAAGCCCGCCGCCGCGCUAGCCAAAGCCCGGUUGUAAUGUACUGUAUACUGUACAACGUAAACCACCUUUGCAGUUGCAGCAGGGAUAUUUUGAUGAAAGUUACCCUCCCCCAAUCCGCAUGUUGCAAAGUAAAGCACUGGAAGCGAAUAUAAAUCAGGGAUGAGGUCGCCGUCGUCACUGUUGCGGUGGCGGUAGAACAAACCGAGGACGUUCCCUGAACGUGCCUGGAAACCGCCGGUCAGUGUUGGCUGCUUCAAGAUGUACUACUAUUGUACCGAGUGAGUCUGAGUCUGGAUGGGAACAAAUUCCUGUAUAUGUAAAUUUUACUCUUCUGGUGGAGGCGGCAAAAGAGCACAGAGAUAUUUUGUUUCAGCACGACUGAAGCUAAUCUUGCUGUAUUCGCCGUUUUUGCUACA